UGUGGAUCUUGUUGUAGAAGCUGUUGCAAAAGCUGUCGCUUCUGUAUUUGGUUCAAGUAGCUCAAUUAGUGAGAAUGAAAAAGAAGAUAGAGGUAGAUUAGUUAGCAGAAAAGAUAAAGGUAGAUCAGUUAGCAGAAGAGAUAGUAAGGAAAGUAAGUCGGACAGUAGAAGCCAUAGAAAGAAAGAAAGAUCAGCUAGUAAAAGUGGAAAUAGAAGCUCUAGCAGCAGUAGCAGCAGCUCAAGUGAAGAUGCAUUAACAGUAUUGACAAAGGAGCAAAGGAUACACUUACAG